UCAAAAUUCAGACCAAGGUGUUCCAACUUAGGUCAUGUGAUGAUAAUAAAGAAAAUGGCAGAAGUCUUGCAAGAAAAACGCAAAAAGAAAAUCAAGAAGAAGAGAUCAGAGAAUGAAGACAUAGCAGAGGGCAUUCCUGAUAUUCCAGAUUUUGCAGAUCUUUUAAAAGAUGUUACAGAAAGUCCAGACAUAAAAACAAAACCAAAAGAGACUGUAAAACCAGCUGUAACUGUAGUUACAGAAGCAAAUAAAGCUGAUGUUGCAGAGGGUUCAGCUAAAAUUUCAGACAAUGCUUCAAGUAAAGUAUUGACAGCUGAAACAAAUGACAAUGAUACUGCUUUUACAGCAGAAAACACACAGGAAGAAGAAAAUGAGAAUGAUAAAGAGUCAGAAGAAAAGACUGAGUGUGAGGAAACCAAUGAUAUUGGAAAAGAGGUUGAAAAUCAAAACGAUGUGACAGCUACAUCUCCUUUGGUUGAAUGUUCUGGUGAAACCUGUGUAGAUGUAUUAAUGAAAAACAAAAAUGAAGAUGCAGUAGGUGAAAAUAUAGAGCCAGAAGAAGUGGAAAGAGAACAGCCUAAUCCUGAACCUGACAUUAACACUGAGAGAAUUUCAGGAGUGCAUGAGGAACAGCCAGCUUGCAAGCUGUACCCUGACAUAUCAGAGCAGCUGGAACAAUUUAUGAAGGAAGAGCAACAGAUACACAUAUUAGAUGUUCCAAUCACUGAGACAAAUGUUGAUGAAUUAAAAGAUGAUGCACAACUAGAAUCUCCAUCUGAGACACAACCAGUGGAAACCUACAACCCCCGGAUUAUAGAUGCUUCUGCUCCACCACCAAGCGUUAAAGAGCAUCAGCCAUCAGAGCAGAAAAUUACAGAUACUCAAUCAAGGGAGAUAAUAUCAGCUCCUCCAUUUGUGGAGAGUAGGCCUCUUGCCCCUCAUUAUGAAGACACUGGUCAGGCUCAUCAACAUGUGGCUCCACGAGUUCAAAGACAGGAUGAAAUACAACCUUUGACCAGUGAACAGCUGAAAUCUUUGUAUUAUAAUGUUAAACUGGAGAAUAAUGAGGCUUACAUUGACAAGUUUAUUCAGCGCGAGAUGAAACAAGAAAAGCACGAGUUCUACGAGAUCUUACUUAACUACCAACGAGCACGACGCCAUCUGUUAGACUGUGAGGCCACAAUACAGACCUAUCAGGAAGAGUACACGAAGAACCAGGCAGACGUUUGGAUAACAGAGACCUGUACCACCAAUAUUAAGGGAACAUGUGGUGAUGGUUACAAAUGUCAGGGAUCUCACUUGUACGAAUCCGCAAAGUUGGACAUUAACGCCCUGUCUUGUAUGACCAUGGCCUUGAAAAACAUCCAAGAAACCAUUCAGAAUGAGCUGUCUCUGCACUCUUACUCCGCUCAACUCUCAAGGCUUCAGGUGGAAUCCUACAUCCAUGACCUGUUUGCCAACUCACCAGAUCUCAUGGACAUCCCGAAAAACCUUCCUGUCAGUGGUUGUGAUCAUCAGAGUCGUAAUGUCAGACACCAGGUGGAGAAACUGCUUGACUGUAUCUCGGUUCUGUUUGUGUUCCAUCGACAGCCUAUAGAAGAUGAGGAAAUGGUGAAAAACCUUCAGAUCUGGACGGAAAGACUGGUUGCACCACUUCUCCGUGUUGGCUUUUUUGAGGACCAUCUUUUCAUCCUGAAUCAUAUCAUGCGGUGUCCUUCUGGAAUAGGAACCUGGGCCUCCAUGUAUAUACAGGCCCCUCCUAUCCCCAGUAACACAGACCCACAGGAAGGGCCUCUGAUGUUUGGUAACACCCAACUGGACCAUAUGAUAGCAGCUCUGUCGACUGUCCUCAUACCCACCAGCUACCGGAAUGAGUUCAUGUGCCAGAUGCAGAAAUUGGUACAGACAGGGCGUGAUAACAAGAAUAUUUCCUGGGUACUGGUGGAUGAAGAUGGGGAUGAGGAUGAUGACCCCCAGAACUCGUGGCUGUAUCUCCAUGAGAAUGAUGUUGUGGCCAUUCUCCGACAGCUGUCCCUAGCCGCCAUAUACAGACAUGUGUUCUUCAUAGAUCCAGCUCAGCAACCAAACUCUUUCACGUAUGACAUUGGUUUAACCAGUGAGUCAACAAUGUACAGAGUGUUUGCGUUUAGUACAUGCCUCGUACAGAUACUGGGGACUGGCCUUAGAACUUACAGUAUGGCCAGAUUUAAACAGCUGAAUAAGAGAUUGGGCAGGAUGAUAAGACAGUGUGUUCAACUUGUUACCGACCACUGGCAGAACUUUCAGUCAUCAAAUAAAGGGGUACUGACUGGUCAUGCAUUGCAGAAGUUACAAGUGGAGUAUGAUGCUUUCUUUCUACGAGCUGUUAACCUUAUACAUAUGUCCCACAGACUGGGAUCCUGGCAGUACAUAGCUGACAUGCCAUUCAACUCCAUCUCCAAGGGAACUAUGUGGAGAAUCCUAUGGCUGCUGCACCAGGAUGGAUCACAUGAUCAGUCACAUGACACCACUUUUAUACCUCCCGCUGGAGAGUGUAUCAGCUUUGUAAAGGGUGUGAAUGCAUCAUAUGACAUUGACUGUAGAAGUCAGUUGUCAGAUAUCCUACAGAGAGUGCCUCCGACAGAAGGAGUUUACCUUCUCAAUGCCAUGACCAACAUGACCCAGUGUUGUACAUCAGCGGAUGUCAGCUUCAUAGAGUCGGUUACACUUGCAGUGUUUGAGGUAUCAUUUGUGUGCACAGAGACGCGUGAUUUCUGUUCCAAGAUGGGCCGGGAGUUGCUAGGUGCAGUAGUCACAUGUCAUCCCUUCAUGUUGUCAGUACUCACCCAACAUGUGAAUGAGUACCUGGACAAGCUAGGACAGAUGGGCAUAUACCUGUACAAGGGUCUACCCAUGGAGACAUGGCUACCCACAGACCAAGAUCUGACUGUUGUGAGACAAUGGCUGCUAUCAACGGCGCUGGGCUCUCCGGCUAACCAGAUGGCCCAACAAAUACUGGCUAGCAUCAACUGGGGCACAACACAGAGGGGUAAUCGGCUGAUGGUCCCAUGGCCCCUUCACAGACAAGUGGCAGUACUGGUAGUAGAGGCCUACCAGACGUUUAUACACGGAAAACACCUGGGCUCUAUGAUCAUGGAGGGAGUCAAGCAGAUGUCAGCAGCAGUGCAGCAGUACCAAACAGCAGAACAGGAGUUUCAUAGCUGGUGCUGGACCCUGCUUCUUAAACUCUCAUUACAUCAGACAAGCCUGCCAGAGAACGACAGACAUCAAAGUUCCCAACCAGGGGCUAUCCCUGACUUCAGUGAUGACUCUCUUAUGCCCCUGGUUAAAGGGGUCCGGGAGAAAAACCCCACCGCCUGCUUUGUGGUGCUGCUUAUGACCAAGGUUGGACAUGGGCUGACUGAGUUUAUAUCCGAGGGUCUAGCCAUGCUGGACAUGCUUAUGGAGCAGGGUCUUCCAACGCCGACCAUCAGUGCAAUAUACUUCACCAUGUUCUUGUUUGUGGACCAGCAGAAAUACAUUCUUGAUAAUGUCAAAUUCCAAGAGGUGCUGCUAUCUAUUCUGAGAGCAGAUGAAUCCUACUUCAAGGUUGUCAAAGGCCUCCUGUCAUAUGAUUUCCCUGGACCAAUCACAAAGCUUCUUACUUCCAUGAUACUGAGCCAUAUAAAGGCUGGAGGGGAUGUGGGCGGGGAAGGAAUGGUUCAGGUUCUAGAAAUGUGGACCCAACUGUUCUUUAAUCUCCCAAAUUGGCAUUCAGACAGGAACAGCUGUUAUGUGAUGGACAAUCUAAUAAAGGUUGCAUUCACCAGCAAGCCUGCACUGGAAAAAGUUCAGCAGAUAUUCACUGAACAGUAUAAGAAUUACUGCAACAGAGAAAAAAGCCAGGGUAUGGUGACCUCAUUUGUGAACUGGGUGACCUCUGGUGUCACUUUACCUACCUAUCUGGACAAAUCAUCCUGUGGAGAGUUUUCCUGGCUUACCUAUAUGAUACUGUGGGUGGAGGGGAGUUUUGAACUGGAAACUAAACUGUGGCCUACCAUUCAAGAAGAGUUGUUGGCUAACCCAAAAGCUGGCACUGAGCAAUGUUUAAAGAAAUCUAUCAACAAACUCAAGUUGGAGCAAGCUCCAGUCUGGGCCCGUCUGAACAUUAUACGCUUGGCCCAGCAAGCCCUUGACAUGCCCAAAGAACACCCAGUUGCUGUGUUGACGUGGCAACGCUUCUUUGGACUCUUUCUUGGCAGGCUCAACAUGACACAAGCACCAUCUCCUCAAAAGGCCACUGUAGGGGAGAGGUUCUUCAGUAGUCUCGGGUACACAUCCUAUGUUAAGAAGAUGAAGAAGAGACUCGGUGAGACGGCUGACCACUACAUGAAACUCGCUGCAGAGGUUGUAGAUAGCGAUGAUGAAGAGGCUCUCUCCAAAAAGGAACUCCACUCACGGUUAUCCAAGAUGUAUCACACAUUCCAAUUCUGGGUUGAGGAACCCAUGCUACAUGAUGCUGCCCUCUAUCUUCCCUCACUUCCUGUACAGUGUCAGCCUGAUAGACUGGUUGCAGUGUUCCAGAAUGACCUAAAACCUUGGAUGGAGCUUGUAGAUCUGAAGGGAGUUUCUUCUGACGUCAAUACCAUGACAACAGAAUGGAAGUCGAACAGUGUGACACCUCAAACCCCAAAGAAAAAGGGACGAAAAGGGAAUGAACCCAGACAUUCAGGUGCAAAUGACAUUUUGUCCCGACUGUCUAGACUAGAGGAACCCCUACCCCCACCGAGUAUCCACCCUAUGAAAUCUCCUGUGCCAGAAAUGAGCCGGUCUGUACUGGAAAACAAGGGGUCCCUGUUGCACCUGCUGAAUGCUGACCUGAGUACACUGGUGGAUUAUGCAGGGAAUCAUGCCACCCAUAUGGCUGAGCUGAAGAGGCUGGAUGAUAUCUACGUGGACAAAAUCACUGAGCUGUUCAAGAAUGUCAGGCAACAGGUGACUAUCAGCCUUAAAUGUACCAGCAUGAUCAACCCUCUCCAUAAGUGUUCCAAACCAGGGGCUGCCGUAGCAUGGAUUGAGGAGAAAUGGAAUGACAGGAACCAACAGCGACAGGCAGAUGAGAACCGAGGUGACUACAAACAGCGCAUCAUCGCCUGCAAGGUGCACUUCUCCAACAAGAGCAUUGUGGCAGCGAUACAUACAGAGAAUGCAAUCACGAUGCUUGUGAAGAUAUAUCGCGCCAGUACAGACGAUACCCAGCGUGACAUGCUAUCAUCUAUCGGAUGCAGCCUGUUUUUCCGCCUUGGUGAGGUGAUCACAGACAGUGUGCUGGACUAUCCACCAACCAAACAGUUCUUUUCCUCGUGCAUCGACAUACUGGGAAAGGAAUUUGUCCAAAGUCAGUCUUCCCAGUCAGAACCUGUAUUGAAGCUCUCCCUGGACCGACCAGAGAUUGGCGGCAUGUUUGCCCCCCACUUCAAGCCCAACCUGUCUCCAAGGGCAUUUGUUCCCAUGUACGGGACCCUCGUACAGCAGAUCAGGAGUGAGAGGGAGGGCAGUGUCAGAGAGCGGGGCAAUUCAGGGGGUGUGAACUUACAGGUGGUCGCCAUGCUGCUCACUAAGUUUGAUGUGCUGGCCUGGCUAGAACAGUGUGGCCCAAGCAGACAGGAGGUUAAGAAGCUGAUAGAGAACCUCAGUCUGGCGUUCAUGGCUUGUGGACCCAGCCCACAGGAUGGAUAUGACACACUCUUCCAUCUGUACCUGAACCAUGAGAGAAAAAUCCUCCAUUUCCGAUUCCCCUUGUAUUUGAAUGAGGUUCUGGCUGCUCUGUUACAAGGAUCCUCAGUUCAACAGAUUAAUGUUGAAUGCUGGGAUGUAUUGCUAAGCAGCUGUUUCCAUGGAGAAGGAUCAGCUGGUCAAGAUCAACAUUACCCAGAUGUGUUCACUGUACUUUCACUCGAUGAGAUUCAAAAUCUGAUGUGCUGGCUAGGCCAUGAGUUUAUGCAACUUAGAGUGAACCUAAAACAGGGCUCCACAUAUAACCUGUACACCAAAUGGAACCACUACGUCCCUUACCUUGCCCGUUUACUGAGGGACCUGGCCAAGUGUCUACUCGAUAAGAUGCUGCCAAAUAUUACUGACGCUCCAGUGAAUGAAGGUCUAGACAAAGUGUGGAAGUCAGUGGUUGAAAGUUACGCCCCUUGGCUGCAGACUGUCACAGUACAGAAGGUGGCCAGUCUACCUUGGCUGACCAAUGACAGAGAGGUUGCAAGUCACAUGGUCCAAUCAUUGGCUCACUUUGUGGGGUAUGCCCACUACAAAACACAGGAUAUUCAACAGAUGUUCUACAAUGAUUUCCUUUCCCUCCUCUGGCUCUACUUUGCCAUAGAGCUCUGUAAGGCUGAUUCAGCAUCUGAGGUUGUGUCUUUGAUGAAUUUGGAAUUUUCCAAGUUGCCAUGGAAACAGCUUAUGCCAAAUAUACAUGUUUUAGACACUAUGGCCAGACUGAGGGAGACGGGCUGCAGUAUGGGCUUCAACCUGGUGUGCGACAUUCUGGCCCUGAUAAACUGGCCCCAAGUCACUAGCUUUUAUGAGAAUCAUGCCAAUAUGGAGGUCCGAACCAGGUUUCAGGGGGCUUACUUUCUGCUGUUGAUUCAGGCUUUUACAGAGAAUAAGCAUAUUGAGAGUCCUGAAGUUGAGUCCAUUUUGAAUACGGCUACAUCCUCCAAAUGGGAGUUCCUGUCAGCUGAUGACUUCAAGAAGGCAUGUGGUUGGCUGUUGCAAUCAUGUGACCCUAAAUGUCUCCUCCAAUCACGAACCUCACCUGAUGGGAUUGGAUUUAGACAACUGGAGUCAGCUGCUGGGUUCAACACAGAAGUGUCCACAUGCCUGACAGAUGUAUGGAUAGUUAAACGUCUAUCCUAUCUACAUGCCGUGACUUCUCUUGUCUGUCAACUCACAUACCUCCCUGACAUUGACCCUGAUACUGUCUCCAAGAUUGUUAUUAACCUCAUCACGGAGGUGGAGACUGUGGAGUCAGCAGUUCCAGAUACCCGUCUGCAAUAUGAAGAAAGUGUUGACAUGAUGAAGGAAGUUCUCAGUCUCCUUAACAACAGUAACCCAGACAACAGGGGCGCAGAGGUCAUUAUGGUCGCCAUCUUAGACUGGUUACAGGGCUCCCCGCAGACAAUUUUGCUGUCUCCUUGUAUACAUGCAGCCACCAGGCAUCUUGCAUCGCUAUCUAACAUGGUUAAGAUUGUGGAGCAGUGUAUUGAGCUGGCCUUUGUUACUGGAGGUGCAAAAUCCCAUGUCCACGAUCCCUGGUCCAUUGUCCUAUCUUCAGUUCAAAUGCCGGAACUGAACCUGACUGAGUUUUUCCAAGCCUGCCUCCAAGAGUCGGCCUACCUGCUAAUGUUCUGUCAUGUCCGGCAACAAAUUCCUCUCUGUCAAUCCCUGGCUGAGGAACAAGGUCUUAUUGAGAUGAUGUUGGACUGGACGGAGAGGGCUAAACCAAGUAUCGAGUCAGAGAGUAAGCUACUGCUGUGGUGGUACAAGGCAGUGGAUAUGAUUUUCCGUCAGAUUGACUGUGGACAGCAGAAGACUGUCUGUGUACAGCUACUCAGGAAAUUGAUGAGCAAGGUAAAGGUGUUUGGCGAAGACCGAGCCUCAGAAGGUCUGUUGGGAGCUAUUGGAUUGGGCAGGAAGUCUCAGCUCUCAGAAAAGUUUCGGGUUUGUUGCCGAGCAUUAGUUGCAUUCUGUUGCAAUCAGAUUUUGGGAGACAAUACACUCCGUCUGAGUUCUCAAGACCCUGUAUCCAACCUGUCAGCAGCAAAACAAGAUACUGCCAGCCUGCUGUCAAUCAAAUCAAACAAGAAAUAUCAACAAAUCAGAGAACAGGUUGAAAGAUCAUGUGAUUUUGUAACUGACCAAUCAAAAUGCUUGAGAGAUGCUCUUGGCUUGUUGUGCAUGUUGAAGGGAAUGUUUUAUGCUGAAAAAGACUAUUUAUCUGUGAUAUUAGUUACCUGAAGUGUUUUGUUGAUGUAAUGUGAUUGUACAGAACACUAAAAUCAAUGUUGGAUAUCUUUGCCUUGCAUACCGGACGUGUGUUUCCGAUCAUGUGACCAGUGCUGGAAAACCUCAACUUACACCCCAUGUAAGACGAGUCACGCGCAACAAUGCGCCACUUCUUAUUUCUUUUAUUGUAUGGUUUAUGAAAAGUAUAGUAUGCAAUUUCAAUAAAGCGGAAUUUUUAAAGGAACUAUUUGACGUCGAUAGUGAUUUAAAAUUACUGCGCUUUAUGACGUCAGUACACAACGUCGCACAUGCUUUUUGGUGAAAUGUACAAAAGUGUGUUUUCUACGUCAAUUUUUCAACAAAUUCAUAGUUUUAGGUAUGCAAGAAAAAAUAUCAAUCAUGUUUUUUCCUGUCCGGAUCGAAAAAUCCGACCAUCGGGCACGCUGCGUGACCUCAGGUCGGAUUUUUCUAUACGUACCCUAAACACAUGAUAGAUACUUAUAAUCUCUACAUUUUGAAUUUGAUUGUUAAAAUCAUGUUUGAAAUAUGAUUCAUUAAGAGAAUAAACGGUUUCGGACAUUUAUAUAUAUGUGUCAUUUAAAGAUGUAUGUAACAAAGAAUAUUGAACUUUUAAAUAGUGUAUUAAGUUUACUCGAUUGUUGUGAAAUUUGCCUGUAUGCUUAUUUUCGACUAGUGUUUUGGAGAAACUACUAUAUUUUUGUGAGAAUGUUCAGAAUAUAAGCAAUUUCUUCAUACCCAAUUAAGCCUAAACAUGCCCAGUUGAAGAAAAAAUUACAAAGCACAAUGUAUUAUGAAGGUGUAAAUGCGAUACCAUGCAAUUACUAUGUCUUUCAUUUGCUAAUUCACCAAUGCAUAUGUCAAACUAAAACAUGUACAUAUCGUUCCUUUUGUGGUUGUAGGUUAUUGUAGUAAAUCAUUAUUGACAGAACUACCAGAUGACUUUAAAAACUGAUUUUGUUCACAUGUUGUUUGCAUGCUUUGAACUAAAAAGGAACACUUUCCUUGUUAUAUUUCAGUAACCUUUUCAAUAAAAAUGGGAUUGCAGUUGUAGGAUCUGUCAUUAUAACAUUGUUCUAUUAAGGUCUUAAUUGUUAUACUAAGCGUAUCAAUCAAAUGGGCAUCAAUAGAGUUCAUGCAUAUGUAUUUAACACCGGCACAAUAAAUGUAUCACCUACAUAAUGUUUUGUUGUCAAUAAAAUGUUAAUGACUGUUGUAUUCCUUUAUAUUCGAAAAUUUGUUGUUGACUAUUUUGUUUUGUUUGUAUGUUUUAUGUGUGCAAUAUUUUGAUAUUAUUACCAUAAAUACUCUCUUACCUUUCAUUAAAGCUACACUCUCACAGAUGAGUUAUUUUGACAACUUUUUUUGUCUUGGAAUGAUAAUAUUUUUGCUUUAAUGUCUGAAAAUCAGUGAUAUAAGACUGCUGACAAAGGAGCAGAUUGCAGCUUUCAUAUUUACGUUCAAAAAUGUAUGUUUUAUGGCUAAAAGUGUUACUAACGCUUUAAGAAAAAUGAAAUUUUUGGCAACAAUUGAGAUCUGUUCUAUUGUGAGUAUAUCUUGUAUGAAUAAAUUGAAGGCAUUGAUGCCAAAUCAGCUGAUUCUGAAACAUUUUAUUUUUUAUACACUUUAAACUAUCAAUACGUGAGAGUGUGGCUUUAAGGUUUUGUGUUGUCACAAGUCACUGGUUUGAAUGAAAAAACACGCACACAAAAUACAUGUUGAUAUUAUUGAGGCUUCCUUGUAUCAUGCAUAUUGCAUAUUUGUUAAUAUGUUGAGACCUCCUCUCUUAAAUAACUACCAUCUAAGUAGAGUUUACUUGUAUCUUGAAUUUUGGUUACUGAAUAAUACGAGUCAUGUUAGUGUUUGAUAUGUUAUAAUUGCAUUCAUUUACUCAGCCUUUGUGUAAGCCUUUGUAUAGAAUUGCAUUUGAAAUAAAAUUGUGAACAGA